GUGGGCGGGACCUGCGGUGUGGACAUGACCGGGGGUCCUGGCUCGUCCUCGCCAGUGCACUGCAGAGAGCCGUCCGGGACGUAGGUGGAGGGUAGCGUCGGUGUGAGAGAGAGAGAGAGCCAGGACGCUCGGUAACUUCUCUGCUUUUAACGGGACGCUCACUGAGAUGUUAUUAUCUCCUCCUGGCUGACGUACAGGAAUGGUAAAACCAUCGGAAGUCGAUUGUUUACUGCGUCGGCCCAAGGACUAAGCAGAGCAUCUGUGGAUUUUUUUCCUGACCGGAGCUUUCAGCUGCUUCUCUAAGAUGGGUAAUGGAUUAUCGGAACAGAACCCUCUUUUGUCGAGUCUUCCCUCUUUCCAGUCUCUCCACAUCGUUAUCCUCGGGCUGGACUGCGCGGGGAAGACGACCGUUCUGUACCGGCUGCAGUUCAACGAGUUCGUGAACACCGUCCCCACCAAGGGGUUUAACACGGAGAGGAUCCGGGUGACUCUGGGGGGCUCCCGGGCGGUGACUUUCCACUUCUGGGACGUCGGGGGCCAGGAGAAGCUGCGGCCCCUCUGGAAGUCGUACACCCGCUGCACGGACGGCAUCGUCUUCGUCGUGGACUCGGUGGACGCGGAGAGGAUGGAGGAGGCCAAGACGGAGCUGCACAAGAUCACGCGGAUCUCGGAGAACCAGGGCGUCCCCGUCUUGGUGGUGGCCAACAAGCAGGACCUGCGGAACUCGCUGUCCCUCCCCGAGAUCGAGAAGAUGCUGGCGCUGCACGAGCUGGGCUCCGCCACCCCCUGGCACCUGCAGCCCACGUGCGCCAUCAUCGGCGAGGGGCUGCGCGAGGGGCUGGAGAGGCUCUACGAGAUGAUCCUCAAGCGGAGGAAGAUGCUGAGGCAGCAGCGGAAGAAGAGAUGACCCCGUCCGUCGCGGUGAAGAAGAGCGUUUGAGAGGAGUGAGGAGGAGGAGGAGGAGGGGGCAGCUGUUUCUCCCGGACCGCCGCCGGCCUGGAAGCAGCUCCUGCCCCGGAGCGCGUGGCUCGAGCCGAGAUGAAGAAGAGGCUUGCUUGCUCUCCCACACUUUGAGAGCGGGACUCGGGUCUGGCGCACGUGAGCAACUCGGACCGGAGGUUAUCUGUCGUUCCUUCUGCGCCGGCCGUGGUAGGGGAGCGGUCUACAAGAGUUCGACUGUGCUUUUUAAAGAAAAGUUAUUCGGGAGGUUUUCAGACGUCUCGGCGCGGAUGUUUACAGUAAAAGCCGAGAACAACCUAGUAUUUAUUACAGUCAGUAUUUUUCUCAAGUAGAUGCUGGGACAAUGCAUUGGAAGGACUGGGGCCAUAGUUCGAUGAAGGGGAUGGGCCAGCCUGUAUUUCGAGAUCCAGCGGCCCGCUGCUCUGUAGCAUACUGCCUUUGUGCCGAGUAAUCCUCCAAUUCCACGAGCACAGUGCGGGACCGGUGAGGGGCGCCUGUAGUGAUUACAGAAGAACCUUGCUUGUCAGCCAUAGUCCACACCUUGAGAGCUCUCAGACUGGCAGUGAGUCAAGGACUUCAGAUUGCACUAAAAUACACCAGUCUGUAACCGGACCUUGCGGAUCUGCUUUUCCUUUGUUGCACAAUUAGGAAUGAAAAUGAAGGGCUUUAAAAGAUGUUGCCGUUUUAGAGUUUUUAAAGACGAAAAAAUUCAGUCGCAGUUGGCUCAUAGUAGGAAAAUUUAAUUUGAAUGUUCGUUUUUGUUCUCGGGGGGGGAAAAAAAUUGUGUACGGGGGAGGGCUUUACUGAAGGAAAACUAAAUAUGAGCUCGAAAGACGUGCCAGGCGAAAUACUGCUCCGUAAUAAACUGUGUUCGCUCAGACUUUUAACACGCGGUCCUGUGUGUGUAUUCUCACCUCCCUGGCAGAUUAAUUAUUACUGUGUAUUUAGUUCCAUCACUGGGUUACAAUCUGUAUUUGCAGAUUCCAAAUAGGUCUGUUGUAAAUAUGCUUCUGUGUUCUACAAAGAAAAUGCACUUUAGCUGUCUGUUUUCUGAAAACCUGGAACAGUUUUUAUGGAGUAAAUUUACCAUUUAUAUUUAAGUACAAAGCGGCUUCAUAAGGAGCUUUUAUAAGUUAGUAAUGUUCUUACCACCUGCACUAGUGGCAUUACAGUCACUGAAUUGGUAAUGUUCAUAUUUAUAUAAAUUAGAAGUUGUUAAAUCUUAAUAAACAACUGUUCACAACAGA